GCUAUGAUGCAGUGCUUGUAGCAGGUGGCACAUUUCCGUCCUUCCAUUUAUGUCCAGACCCUUAUCGUCUGUUCGUACAUAGUUUAAAUAAUCAGGGGCCAUGAUCAUUGAUGCAAGGAGCGAGUGAGCUAAUCCCAGCCGUUCGUUCAAAUACACCACCGAAGUAGAGCGCGGGAUCGCCAAAAAUAUCAGCUGCCGCUUGGAAGACCGUCAUACGCAAGGCAACGCAACGCUCAACAUCCAAGGAAACAAGAGAGGGAAAGAGAGAAAUGGCGCCCAGGAAGCGAAAGGCGACGGACGGAGACGAGGAGCAAGCCAAACCUCAAGGUCAAGAGACGUUGAAGAGGGUGACUCGGAGCAGGACAAGGCAGCCGGAUGGCAAGUCUUCCGGGUUGACUCAGCCCAAAAAGGAGAAACCAAAGGCAAGGGCGAAAGCAAGUACCAAGGAGAAGAAAGAGUCUGUGGAGAAAGUCAAGGAGGCUGUGGCUGUUGAGGAGGGAGCCAAAGCCGAAGCUGCGCCUGAGGAUUUGACCGUCGCUGAGGAUGGGUCCCACAACAAGACUGUAGUAGUGGAACACUGCAAGCAAUGCAAUUCAUUCAAGACAAGGGCCUUUCAAGUCAGAGAUGGUUUGCAGAAAGGUGUCCCUGGCAUCAGAGUGUUGCUCAACCCUGAAAAGCCAAGAAGAGGUUGCUUCGAAAUAAGAGAGGAAAGUGGUGAGAAGUUCAUAAGUCUGCUGGACAUGAAGCGACCAUUUAAACCAAUGAAAGACCUUGACAUGGAGAAGUUGAUCUCGGAUAUCAUUGACAAGAUCAAAUGAAGAGACUAUAUGUGCAUAGAACUGGAAGUAUGUUCUGAUUGUUACGGUGACAACAUUUUGUGGUUUUACCUGAUGAACUUGCCUUGUGAAAGGAAGGCUUGGUAAAAAAAAAAAAAAAAACUUCAUGUUUUGUGUUAACUUCUAUUCUUGAUCAUUCAUGCUGUCAAGAAAUGAUUUUAGAUGUAUAGGUAUUCUGGAUAUUGUUGGUAGAUGUAGGCUACUGUAAUGACACUCUUGACCUUUGCUUUUGCUAAUGCCUUGAAAAUUUUCAUGUUAGUAUUGCUUCCGAA